UUUUUCUUUACAUAUUAUUUUUUGCUCACCAUCCAUCGCAUUAUAUACGCUUUACUCACAUCUUUAUUACGAUUUAUUUAUACAUCUACUGACAUGAAGUUUUUGUCUACUGUUAUGCUAGCCGCGCUCGCUUCGGCCGUCAGCGCAUAUACGGUGCUCGAUGCGACCAGCUUUGAUUCUGGCAUUCAGACAGGAAAAUGGCUUGUAAAGUACUACUCGCCAACGUGCCCGUGGUCAAAGCGGUUUGCCCCCGUGUGGGAGCAGGUUUACACCGACCUUCAGGACCAGUUGGCGCCCAAUGACGUGUUUUUUGCCGAAGUCGACUGCAAGGCAUUCCGCGCCAUCUGCGACAACGCUGACAUUGAUGGCUACCCGACGGUCGUGUACUACAACGAAGGCGUGAAUAAGGGUGAGGUCCCUGGUGGACAGGACUACGAGGUGUUGGCAAGCUUUGCCCAGGGCCUUUAAUGUGUAUCUCAGCGGGCCUUUUAUAUACACCUUUUUCUUAUAUUAUUCCACUAUUUUUACUUUGCGCGCACGCGCCUUUUGAAUGAAACAAAGAAUGUUGUAAAACCAUC